UACAUCAAAAAUAUUACCAAGAAGACAAACUAGGAAUAGUUGUAAUUCGAUUCUUUGUAAUACAAAUUUAUCCAUAAAUUUGGAUGGAUUAUCAGAGAAUUUUCUUAGAAAUGAUAAAAAUAAACGUUUAUUUAAGUUAUGCAAACAAUUGUCAGUGAAUUUACAUCGAUUUACAAACGAACAGAGAACAAUGUGCAGGAGAAAGAAAAAAAUUAAAUUAACAGAUAUUGAAGAAGUCAGGAAAAUAAAUAGCACUAUUCUGACGGCAGAAGUUGCUCCUGUCUCGAUUAGCAGAUGUGAUUCACCAUCUGAAGCGGAUUCGUUUGGUAUUUUUAGUGAAGAGCCAACAAGAGAAAUAACAAAUUAUAAUGUUAUCGAUGCUUUAGAACUCGAUGAACUUUUUAAAAAGCUGCCGGUACCACCUUUGACGCCUAUAAAUUUAGACAAAUCAAUGGAAUUGUCAACAAAUACUUCAUCCGCAGCACUUUGUCAUAAUGAUUCGGAACAAAAUAAAAUAAACAAAUCCAAUGACAAGGUAGAUGAAAGUUAUGACGAACUCAAUGAUAAAAUACUAAGCAUCAUUAUGAAAAGUCCAGUCCACAAUCAAUCCAAGUUACCAGUAAAUGUGAUCGCAAUAAGAGAUUCCAGCGACAGUGAUGAUAAUGUAAGAUUUAGCGCAGUCAUAGAUAUGAUGAACGAUAAAAGAAAAAAAAGACAAAACAGAGAAAGAAAUACACAGAAGCAAUCGAAAAAGAAAAGAAAAAGAAAAUCGAAAAAAGAUAACACCGAAUGCAAGGAGACGGAAUGUACCAAUGCAUUAGAAGAAUGGGGAAGACAAAAGAAUUUAACAAAGAAAUAUUUUCAAUUACCAAAUGUUACAUCGAAAUCUUCAAAUGAAUGUGCAAUACAAAAUACAUCAACAAAUUCCAGCAAUAAUAAUAUUUUACUAUCAACUAAUAGUAAUCCAUACACAAAUACAAGUCAAUGUAUGUCUGGAAAUCAAAACACGUCUACACUACCCACAGACAAACCGAGUCCUGUAAUUGACCUAACCGAUGGUCCAGAUAACACACAAUUAGACCAAAAUAGUGAUAACACACCUAUAAUCACAAACGUAUACUCAUUAGCCACACAUACAGACAAACAAGAUGAAGUUAAACAACUAAAAAAAGUGAUAACACCAAUUUUAGUGCCAUCCAGUAAUAUAAAUAUGAUAAAUACAGAUUUAGGUAGUUUAACUGGAGUUCAAGUAGCAAAUGUGGGUAGUGAAAUAGUUCAUAGUAUACCUCAAGCGAAUACAUUAGUGCCUAUGAAUGUACCUGGACAACAGAUUUAUGUACAACAGUCUCCGCUGGCUCAGUAUACAAGUGAAACUGCAGGUCGAAGUUUUGUAAUAAUUCCAAAAUCGCAACUAAUGGAUGGCAACACUUCACUACUGUUGCCUAAUUUGAAGAUUGUAAACGCAUCUCUUACAUGCAACCCGGUGGACCACAUACAGCGGAUGAUGGUGCCUAAUGACACCCAAGUAGAAAUCGAACCUACACCUGCACCGUUGUUAUUAAUGCCAUUGAUGCCACUGGACCUAUGGGUGCAAGGGAAAUCUGUGAAAGAACUUGUCAUAUUACAAAUUGAUGCUUCAAAACCAUCCUGGACACUUACUGGUGGUCACACUGUUGUCACACUUACGGACUAUACGUGUGAAUCACCAAUUUACUGCAGUCUACCUUUAUCAAUGAAAACUAGAAUUAUAUUUCCACAAGAAAACAAUGGCACCGAUGUCUACAAUCCUCUUACUUUACAAAUAUAUGAUAAUGUCGCAAACGGAACAUCGCCAUUUGCGAAAUGGGUGAAAUCAGUAAUAGAUAAUACUGAAAAUGAUUACAUUGAUAAUUGUGCAAAUAAUUGUAACGUACCUGAAACACAGACCAAAGUUGAUGAUAAAUGUGAAAUUGAUAGACCUGUAUCCAGGAUAAAAGUGAAAUCCUUCGCCAGAUUGACUGAAAUGCAAGAUGGUAAAUUCAUAGCACCAGAAAGAGUUUGCCUACAAGAUAGAUUAUAUAUGAAGGUGUCAGAACAACCUCUCAAAUACGCAAAGGUUAUAACUGCGUUGUCGAGUUUAGAAGAAUUCCUCAAUUUGAUGUCAGGAGAUGUACCAUUAAAGUUAUUAUCCAAAGAUGCGACAUGUUUUGAUUCAUUGCAGUCAAUAAACAUUAACCAUAAGUACUGACUCGCCUGACGAGUACUUAUUACCAAGACACAGUAUCAUUCAAGUUGUUAAGUUCCCAAUUUUGACAGUAGAAACCAACCCUUAAGGACUGUUCACAGACACGCAGAGCAUUGCAAAUUUUUUUUUGUAUAUAAAAUUGAACUUUAUUGGAUUGAAACAAGGUUUACUUUUACGUAUUUUUACGCUUGCUAUUGAAUAAUUAAAUCUUGUUUUAAUUGUGUAAGGUUAAAUUUUAUUUGCGAUAAAAACCCGCUCUCCUCUCCGCCCAUGAAUGUAAACGGACCCUUAUAUAAGGUAGACUUAAAUGAUUUUAAA